GCCCAUUCAUUCGAAAUGCGUAACAAUGAGCCCCGGGGCCCAGCGGCUCCGCGAGCUUCCCAGCUCGGCCCGAGCCCCUCUCGGCCCCCAGUGGAGGCGGCGCCUCAUUGGGGUCCCCCACCCCCGGCCGGCCACCCACUCGGGACCAACCUCCGACCCUCCUCCCACACUCGCGGAGUUGAAGUCAAACUUUCCUGGGCAGCCCCGGCGCCGCGUCGGCCCCUUCCCCCGCCCAGGCCCGCCCCAUCUCCGCACCCGGCCGGGCCACCCACCGCGCAACCCGGCCCAAAGCGCCGACCUCGCCGACUCCUCCCAGCCCCCGCCCCAGAGACCCCCCUCGGGCCGCGCCGCCGCGAAGCCCAGGUACAAGGGACAUUGUUCACAAGAGCGGAGGGAGUGGACACUCUUGCACUGCCAGUAGCACGUACAUCAGCACAGGUCAAGAGGGUUGGGAGUAUACAGUGAACUCCGUAAAAAGAAAGGCUACUCCCGAGAACCAUUUCUAAGGAAAAAUCCUAUACAUGGAAAAGUAGUCUGUGCGCACAGACACAAAACCUGCUCCCCCCCCACCGAAAAAAUAUGGAGCCCAAACCCCCAAAAUCGCCAGUGGAGACCAAUUAACUCAUAAUGUGGAUGUUUACCUAACAGAAUGUUACAAUUUGAUAAAAUGAGAAAUAAAAUAAGAGCCUAAGGUACAGUAAAUGAAAAACAGCGGUUUACAACACUUUAAAAACAGAAAACCCAUGCAAAUAAAAAAGAUGAGGAAUUAUAAGAGGAUGUGGA